AUGGUCAACCUUGGUUCAAUUUUACCGCAGCCCCCUGCCGGUGCAUUGGGCCAUUCGUACCGACAUUUUAACGAUCGCCAAAUGGCAGUGAGGAAGGAUGUGGAACGUGCUUAUGGAAUUUUGAAGAUGAAGUUCACUAUCAUUUGUGGGCCAUACCAUGGGUUGAGUCCUCGUGAAAUGCACACGACUAUGCGAACUUGCAUAUCUCUUCAUAACAUGGUAAUUCAGGAAACCCAUCGCGAAAAGGAAUGGACGAACUAUGAAGAUGAAGAUCUGAGGCCUGAGAUUCAACCACAACCACAAAGAGGCUUGCCAAUAGGAAAUUAUGGGAAAAUUACUACUUACAUUCAGAACCAGAAUCUGUAUGACCAAUUAAGAGAAGAUCUGAGAGUGAAUCUUUUGGCAGAGUAUGGAAGAGAGGGAGGGCGUAAUUAUUAA